CACAGCCCUUGGAGUUCAGAGGCCUCUCCUGACCUCUGCCCAACCUCUUGCUCUCUGCACCCAAUACCCCUAGUACAUACAGGAGCAGAGGCAGGCUAGGACCAGAGGAAAGAGGAGAGGGGACUGAAGACAGACUUUGAGAGGGCUUAGAAACCCAGUGCACCCCCCGUCCCAGCUCUGUCCACUUGCUGCUGUGACCACAGUGAGGGAAAAGACAGCUAGUAAGAUAGGAAGUGAGGCCGGGUACCUUGUGGGCAGUGAUGUCAUUAGCUGCGACUCCUAAGAUGUCUCCAGAGAUGGGAGAGCUCACCCAAACCAGGUUGCAGAAGAUCUGGAUUCCACACAGCAGCGGCAGCAGCAGGCUGCAUCGGAGAAGGGGCUCAUCCAUACCCCAGUUUACCAAUUCCCCCACGAUGGUGAUCAUGGUGGGUUUACCAGCUCGAGGCAAGACUUAUAUCUCCACGAAGCUCACACGAUAUCUCAACUGGAUAGGAACACCAACUAAAGUAUUUAAUUUAGGCCAGUAUCGACGAGAGGCAGUGAGCUACAAGAACUAUGAAUUCUUUCUUCCAGACAACAUGGAGGCUCUGCAAAUCAGGAAGCAGUGCGCCCUAGCAGCCCUGAAGGAUGUUCACAACUAUCUCAGCCGUGAAGAAGGUCAUGUCGCGGUUUUUGAUGCCACCAACACUACCAGAGAACGGCGGUCACUGAUCCUGCAGUUUGCAAAAGAACAUGGUUACAAGGUGUUUUUCAUUGAGUCCAUUUGUAAUGACCCUGGCGUAAUUGCAGAAAACAUCAGGCAAGUGAAACUUGGCAGCCCCGAUUAUGUAGACUGUGACCGUGAAAAGGUUCUGGAAGACUUUCUAAAGAGAAUUGAGUGCUAUGAGGUCAACUACCAACCCUUGGAUGAGGAACUGGACAGCCACCUGUCCUACAUCAAGAUCUUCGACGUGGGCACACGCUACAUGGUGAACCGAGUGCAGGGUCACAUCCAGAGCCGCACAGUCUACUACCUCAUGAAUAUCCACGUCACACCUCGCUCCAUCUACCUAUGCCGUCAUGGUGAGAGUGAUCUCAACCUCAGAGGCCGCAUCGGAGGUGACUCUGGCCUCUCAGUUCGUGGCAAGCAGUAUGCCUAUGCCCUGGCCAACUUCAUUCAGUCCCAGGGCAUCAGCUCCCUGAAGGUGUGGACCAGUCACAUGAAGAGGACCAUCCAGACAGCUGAGGCCCUGGGUGUCCCCUAUGAGCAGUGGAAGGCCCUGAAUGAGAUUGAUGCGGGUGUCUGUGAGGAGAUGACCUAUGAAGAAAUCCAGGAACAUUACCCUGAAGAAUUUGCACUGCGAGACCAAGAUAAAUAUCGCUACCGCUAUCCCAAAGGAGAGUCCUAUGAGGAUCUGGUUCAGCGUCUGGAGCCAGUGAUAAUGGAGCUAGAACGACAGGAGAAUGUACUGGUGAUCUGCCACCAGGCCGUCAUGCGGUGCCUCCUGGCCUAUUUCCUGGAUAAAAGUUCAGAUGAGCUUCCAUAUCUCAAGUGCCCUCUGCACACAGUGCUGAAACUCACUCCUGUGGCUUAUGGCUGCAAAGUGGAGUCCAUCUACCUGAAUGUGGAAGCCGUGAACACACACCGGGAGAAGCCUGAGAAUGUGGACAUCACCCGGGAACCUGAGGAAGCCCUGGAUACUGUCCCUGCCCACUACUGAGCCCUUUCCAAGAAAGUGUCCUCAUCGCCUUCCACCUUUAGGAAAUGCUAUCCUUGCUCUUCUCCUACUCUGCCUUGGCCUCACUGAGGUACUCCACCGCCAGUGAAGAAGUCCUCCGCAACUCCCAAACAAGCCUCACUUACUGGCCGCAACUAAGGAGCUAUCUAGCUCUGGAUGAAACUUUCUUUCUUAAUUCCUAUUCUCUGACGAAUAAAGACUUACUGCCUACAAGAGGAGAGGAGGAGGUCAUGGCGAGGCUUUUCCAAUUGUUCUCAAGGUACUGAUCCUAAUCCUGACCCAGCUCUGCUGCUAUGAGGGCAUGGAACAGGUAAGGAUUUCCUGGAGGGAAAAGUUCUACAGUAGCACCUCCAAAGAUGGGGGAGAAGAUAGGUGCCUGUGAGUUCCUGUGGGCCUUGUUCCAGCAAGGUGGC